ACCUCCAAUGUUUAUUUUGAUUUUUGUUUUGCCGCGAAAAUGAUCUUGGUAGGUGGAAAUGACACUUCGUUUCAACGUCCUGCGCCAGUAUUUGUUCCAGAACACAGAACUCUAUCCACUAAGAAGUCUAGAGGCACACCAAAAUUUGCACCACCCCCAAAAGCUCCAGUGAAGAGUUGUCCAGUCACAAGAAUAUUUCCGCGCAUCAGCGACUACGACCGACCCCAACCAGUGUCUUUCAGGGAUGAUUCCGACACAUCUUUUAUAGUACAGAGUCCACUGUAUAGUGCAGAAAAAACAGCACUUUACUUUGAACAGUGUUAUACCAUUGAAGAGAAACUUGGCGUUGGUUCCUUCGGGGAAGUGUACCGAGUCCGAAGUAAAGAGGAUGGGAGACAAUAUGCAUGCAAACGAACCCUGUUAAGAUUUCGAGGAGAAGGUGACAGGCGGAGGAGAAUGGAGGAAGUCCAGAAACAUGAGAAACUCCCAAAGCACAAAAACUGCGUCGAGUUCUACCGGGCUUGGGAAGAACGGCAACACCUGUACCUUUUGACAGAGGUUUGCCGCACAUCACUGGCAGACAUGGCCGAAGACAGACAUGAUCUUCCAGAGAGUGUUGUUUGGGAUUAUCUAGUCGAUUUGUUACAGGGUGUAAGCCAUUUACACAAACAUCAUUUGGUGCAUAUGGACAUCAAACCAGAAAACAUAUUUAUUGGCUACGAUGGAUUAUGCAAGCUUGGCGACUUUGGUCUAGUCAUUGAAACGUCUCAGGGUCCUGUGAAGGAAGCCAUGGAAGGUGAUCCCAAAUACCUGGCCCCAGAGGUCAUGAAUCUCCAGUUUGGUGCGUCAGCCGAUAUUUUCAGCUUGGGGAUGACCGUGCUUGAGUUGGCCACUGACCUGGACCUUCCCAAGCAGGGAGAUAUGUGGCAGUCACUCAGGCAGGGCAAGUUACCUCCUGUGGCUAAUUCCCUUUCCAGUGAUUUGCAGGCAGUAUUAACAGAGCUUCUGAGACCAGAUCCAUCCGAGAGACUCACAGCCGAUCAAGCCCUUAAUCUUCCCAUAAUAAGACACAUCCUAUUUCGCAAGAGAGUGAAAGACAUCUUCAGGAUAUCUCUCAUGAAGGCCAAAGGCUUCCUGUUGCGAAUAUGGCUUUACGUGAUGUCGUUCUUUGCCUUCGUCGCCCUCCCAAUCACCAGACUGCGCAAGAGGAGGAGGUCAUCGGGAGACUCGCCCAACAAGUCCAGGAUGAAUAAUUCUGACUCUGACUUCACCAUGGGAUUUUCAGACGAGGAAGGUUUGGAUGACCACAGCCUCGCUCAGCCCCUGAGCGAUAUUUCCACAUCAAGCAGUGAGACCAACCAGUUCCUCAGCAACAAGCGUUUUGGCAAUUCCACACCUAUAUCCUCGCUCUUCAAGAAGCGACCUGACUUCUUUGAGGGUUCACCCAGUAUAAGGAACAGCUGCAAUGCGAGCCCAAGAAUAGACGAUAGUCCGACCUUCAUCCGCCGCCGCAUCACCCUGCCCAGGGCAGGAAGACCUUUCAACCAGCGAUUGAAUGAGAGCACGAGCUUCAACUCCUCCAUGGCUAACACCCCAAGUCCACACAGAAAUGUCGUUGAGCAAGAGGAACCUGCUCAGCCUCUCAACCUCACCUCGAGAAAUUUGAUAGACUUAUUUAAUGCUGCAGAAUCAGAUGAAGAAUAGAAAAGUAUAUUUUGUGUGUGCUGUGCCUUUGGUUUGAGGUUGAUUCAGGUGCAUUUCUUAAAAUUCUGUGAAAAGGAUAUGAUGGAAAACUGUUGUGAGAAGAAAAAAGGGGCACAAGGACUCCUCUAAAGGAACUAAAUGCAUUUAGAAUAUUAACAUAAAGUUUACAUUCUGCCUGAUUAUUUUACUAUGAACAGAAUCCAGUUACUAACUAGAAAAAAAAACUACUGUAUAGAUUAUUUCAGGGUUUAAGUAGACAUGGAAAUUUGCUGCUUAAAGAGAAAAUUUGCAUAAUAUACAGAUAAAGUAUUUUAUGCAGCUGUGUAAGGAGUGUGCUUGUGUAGGCUGUGUGCCUGUGUUCCUUGAGAGUGUUUGGAAGUAUGUGUUGGGUGUUUAUAUAUGCCACUUGUCUAAUCCAAUCAGCCAAGAUUUUUGUGAUUUAUUUUGUGUUCAGGAAAGUCAGAACAUUGUAAGAGUGAUGUGGUGCUUCUCUCUCUAUUUUGCAUGAAUAUCUCUAGUACUUUCUUUUCUCAUUCAUGAACAGGAAGAAAGGAUGUUUUGUCAGAUGCGCUACAGUUUUUGAUGAUGGGAGAUGAGUAAAUGUGUCACAACUAUGUUUAGGAACCACUACUUAUUGUUUAUACCUACACUUCGAUUUUCAGAUCUUUUCAGUGAUAUUUUGGGAAAAAAACAUUUAGAUUUCCUAGCAUUUCUUAGUAUUUAGUGAUAUCCAAGUGCACAUCAGGGGUAUAAGGAAUUAUUCAUAAAGUUUGGCUUUUCAGACACUGUUAAUUGUGAAUCUAUAUAAAUAUAUAUAUUCUUAUGUGAGUGAUAGUUCAGCUUAGAUUACAAAUUUUGCAAUGUUUAUUCUAAUUGGAAUUUUCAUUUUGAGUGUAUAUGUUACCCUUAGAAAAAAAAAGCCAUUGAUACUUUAACAAAUUGUUAUAAAAUCUGAGAUCUACUUUUGUCUGUAGCAUAGAUUAAGAUAAGUCAUUACUUAUUGUCUAAUUCUGAUGCACAUACCCCAUUAUCAUAUUUUACAAGUGUUUAUAUACAUUUUUAACUCCCACAAAAUGCCCUCAAGUUAAGUGUUCACAAACUGCAAGAUAGUGUAAAGUGAAGAAUGCUUUAAAUAUUAUGGAAACACAAAUUAUAAAGUGAUGAUUGGAAGGAAGUGUAUGUGUGCCUAUCAGAAAAAAAAAAUGUUUUCGGAUGUGAACUUGAGAGUGAAAAGCAAAUAGCAAUAAGAGGUGUUUUCAACUUUAGAAUUGACUAGGUUUACUGUUAGCUUGCUCAUAUGUACAUAAUUUUUCUUUUAUAUUAGGUAUUGUUGUCAGAUAUAUUCUUAUUUACCUUUAAAAAAACAAAACAUAUAUCUCUAAAUUACUGAUCUCAUCUUCAAUAUUUAUCCCCGACUGAUAGUUUCAGCUUGGGUAAGACUGGUUAAGAAGACGGAGAAUAAACAUGUCUUUUGGUUUGUUCGUUGGUUGUGCAAUGUGAGAAGAAAUAGUUGAAGCUGUGAAUAUUAUAUAUUUGGAAGAGAUAAAAA